GUAUUCUGUUUUUAUUUACGAUUUACACAACGUGCCAACUUUUCUGGUUUUGGGGUUUGUAUUACCUUUUGAUCCAAACAAACUCAAAAUUGGCCAAAUUUGUUUUUCUUCUGCACGUAAUAACAACCGUCAUAUAUGUGCAUUAUUUCAGAAAGAUGUUGUAUCUACUCCAUAUGUAGUAUCUUACUGGAACACAUUUACUGAUAACCUUAACUGGAAAAGAAUUUGGACUUUACCAACUAAAUAUAUGAUCAAUAAUAAAGUAAGAGAAGUVUCCUUUAAAAUUAUUCAUAGAAUUUACCCAUCUAAAAUAUUUUUGCAACGCUUUAAAAAAGAUAUAAAUGUAAUGAGCUCUUUGUGUGGAGGCCACCCUGAGGAUGAUCAUCACUUGUUUUGGUCUUGCCCCCUUUCUACUCAGUUGUGGGAAGAUAUAUGUUCUGACCUCUGCCUCUGUUGAGCCACAUUUUUCUCUUUGCUUUGAACAUAUAUUGUUUGGCUUCACUGACCAUCCACUUACCAAAGAAAAACAGUUUUAUAUUAUCAAUCUUAUUAUAUAUUUAGCCAAAUGGCAUAUUCACAAAUGCCGCUACACUAAUCAAAAACCUCUUCUUUCUAUUUUCUUAAACGAAGUCAAACAAUAUAUUACAAUUAUUAGACACUCAAUAAAUACGAAAGCUAUUAAAACCUGUGCCUUAUGUGAUCUUUUUCAAGCCUUUGUGUAAUGUUAUUUUAAAAUUGUCUCAAAGCUUGUAACCUAACCCCCUGGUAAAUGUUUUAUUGUACUCUAUUUUACAUUGUUCCUCAUUUUGAUUCUAAUUUUAAAAAAAAACAUGACUCACAACAGCUACCGGGACUACGUCACUUUCGUUAGAGGCUGGCCUUCAAAAUAAGACCUCGAACAGUCCUCGUGACAACAGCAGAUGGCAGCAUCACUUUCCUCAAGCUUCGAGUUUAAGCCUCGGCCAUUUUGGAUUCAUGGACUGUUGCUAAGGCAACGACCAAAACACCAUGUCUGAGCUGCACCAAGCUGCUGCAGCAGGAGAUUAUCAAAAGGUUGAAGAAUUACUGACUCAGCAAAACAUCUGUCCUAAUCAGAGAGACGUGGACUGGAGCUACAAGACUCCUCUUCACUGGGCAGCAGCUGGAGGACAUACAGAGAUCACCAGGCUUCUCAUAGAGCACGGGGCCAGGACAGGUCUGAGGACGGAGCACGGAUGGACUCCGGCACACUUUGCUGCAGAGUCUGGUCGGUUGGAUGUGCUGCGGCUGCUGCACUCUCUCCACGCACCUUUAGACAAGGAGGACAUCUGUGGAGACAAACCAGCAAGGCUGGCCCAAAUAUAUGGACACCAAGACUGUUUUCAAUUCCUUCAAAAAGCAGAGACGGAGUGUCAGGCCUACCGCAGGAAAGCAGCUCAAGAAGGGAUUUCCAUUGACGAUACAGAUGAGGAAUGGGCAGAACAAACAGGACUUGUAGAACACAAUAUAGUUAGAUAAUUAUUGUUUUUACCAUAAGCCUAUUCACAUAAAGCUUACUGCAAAUCAAAUAGAAUACAUAAGACACUAUAUUGCUUUAUUCACAUUUGACAUUUGUAUGUCACCUUAACCACAGAAGAAAUAAAUGUGAAAUACAGUUUAAACGAGUUAAUCUUAAAGUGUAAAGAGCUGAAACUAAAAGUCCAUUAUGAAAACAACAAACAAUCAAAACGAAAUGAUCACAUCACAGAAAACUG